AUGUCACUUGAUUGGAGAUUUUCCUCAUGCUAUAUUUCUUCAAGUACUUUUGGCCGAAAAUUGUUUUUUGUAGUAAAUCUUAAUUCUCAAAUAAACACUGCUUCUUAUGAUCUCGACAAUAGACCAAGCAAAUCUAGAUUUCAGAACUGCUUGCUUAGCAAUUCAAAACAAUUUAGACCAAUUCUAAAUUUUAGUGUAAGGUAA